GGGCGAGAGCUGGAACGUGGACCAGAGCUCCGAUCCCAGUGCAGCCUCCGCGAUGAGAGGCGCUCGCGGCGCCUGGGAUUUUCUCUGCCUGCUGCUCCUCCUGCUCCGCGUCCAGACAGGCUCUUCUCAACCAUCUGUGAGUCCAGGGGAGCCGUCUCCACCAUCCAUCCAUCCAGCAAAAUCAGAGUUAAUAGUCACCGUUGGCAACGAGAUUAGGCUGUUAUGCACCGAUCCGGGCUUUGUCAAAUGGACUUUUGAGAUCCUGGGUGAAAUGAGUGAGAAUGAGCAUAAUGAAUGGAUCACAGAAAACGCAGAGGCCACCAACACGGGCAAAUACACGUGCACCAACGAAGCAGGCUUAAGCAGUUCCAUUUAUGUGUUUGUUCGAGAUCCUGAGAAGCUUUUCCUUGUUGACCGGUCCUUGUACGGGAAAGAAGACACCGAUACGCUGGUCCGCUGUCCUUUGACAGACCCAGAGGUGACCAAUUAUUCCCUCAAGGGGUGCCAGGGGAAACCUCUUCCCAAGGACUUGAGGUUCGUCCCUGAUCCCAAGGCUGGCAUCACAAUCAGAAGUGUGAAACGCGCCUACCAUCGGCUCUGUCUGCAUUGCUCUGCUGACCAGGAGGGCAAGGAGGUGCUGUCGGACAAAAUCAUCCUGAAAGUGAGGCCAGCCUUCAAAGCUAUACCAAUUGUGUCUGUGUCCAAAGCAAGAUAUCUUCUUAGAGAAGGGGAAGAAUUCACAGUGACCUGCACAAUAAAAGACGUGUCUAGUUCUGUGGACUCAAUGUGGAUAGGGGAAAACAGUCAGACGAAAGCACAGGUGAAACAAAAUAGCUGGCAUCACGGUGACUUCAAUUAUGAACGUCAGGAAACGCUGACUAUCAGCUCAGCAAGAGUUAAUGAUUCCGGAGUGUUCACGUGUUAUGCCAGUAAUACUUUCGGAUCGGCGAAUGUCACAACCACCUUGGAAGUAGUAGACAAAGGAUUCAUUCAUAUCUUCCCCAUGAUGAACACUACGAUAUUUGUAAAUGAUGGAGAAAAUGUCGAUUUGAUUGUUGAAUACGAGGCCUACCCCAAACCUGAGCGCCAGCAGUGGAUAUAUAUGAACAGAACCUUCACUGAUAAAUGGGAAGAUUACCCCAAGUCUCAGAACGAAAGUAACAUCAGAUAUGUCAGUGAACUUCACUUAACCAGACUGAAAGGGACCGAAGGAGGCACUUACACGUUUCUGGUGUCCAACUCUGACGUCAAUGCUUCCAUAGCAUUCAGCGUUUACGUGAAUACAAAACCAGAAAUCCUGACUUACGACAGGCUCGUGAAUGGCAUGCUACAGUGCGUGGCAGCAGGCUUUCCCGAGCCCACAAUAGAUUGGUAUUUUUGUCCAGGAACUGAGCAGAGGUGCUCUGCUCCCGUAGUGCCCGUGGACGUUCAGAUACAAAACUCAUCUGGGCCAGCCUUUGGAAAACUGGUGGUUCAGAGUUCCAUAGAUUCGGGUGCCUUCAAGCACAAUGGCACGGUUGAAUGUAAGGCCUACAACGAUGUGGGCAAGACUUCUGCCUAUUUUAACUUUGCAUUUAAAGAACAAAUCCACCCCCACACCCUAUUCACUCCUUUGCUGAUUGGUUUCGUAAUCGUUGCCGGUAUGAUGUGCAUCGUCGUGAUGAUUCUUACCUACAAAUAUUUACAGAAACCUAUGUAUGAAGUACAGUGGAAGGUUGUUGAGGAGAUAAAUGGAAACAAUUAUGUUUACAUAGACCCGACACAACUUCCUUAUGAUCACAAGUGGGAGUUUCCCAGAAACAGGCUGAGUUUUGGGAAAACCUUGGGUGCUGGUGCCUUCGGGAAGGUCGUCGAGGCAACCGCAUACGGCUUAAUUAAGUCGGACUCGGCCAUGACUGUUGCUGUGAAGAUGCUCAAACCAAGUGCCCAUUUAACGGAACGAGAAGCCCUAAUGUCUGAACUCAAAGUCCUGAGUUACCUGGGUAAUCACAUGAACAUUGUGAAUCUUCUUGGAGCGUGCACCAUUGGAGGGCCCACCUUGGUCAUUACAGAAUAUUGUUGCUAUGGUGAUCUUUUGAAUUUUUUGAGACGCAAACGUGAUUCAUUUAUUUGCUCAAAGCAGGAAGAUCAGUCAGAAGCAGCACUUUAUAAGAACCUUCUACAUUCAAAGGAGUCUUCCUGCAAUGACAGUACUAACGAGUACAUGGACAUGAAACCUGGAGUUUCUUAUGUCGUCCCGACCAAGGUCGACAAAAGGAGAUCUGCGAGAAUAGGCUCAUACAUCGAGAGAGAGGUGACUCCUAGCGUCAUGGAGGAUGACGAGCUGGCCCUAGACCUGGAAGACUUGCUGAGCUUUUCUUACCAGGUGGCGAAGGGCAUGGCUUUCCUCGCCUCCAAGAACUGUAUUCACAGAGACUUGGCAGCCAGAAAUAUCCUCCUUACCCAUGGUCGAAUCACAAAGAUUUGUGAUUUUGGUCUAGCCAGAGACAUCAAGAAUGAUUCUAAUUAUGUGGUUAAAGGAAACGCUCGACUGCCCGUGAAGUGGAUGGCACCCGAAAGCAUCUUCAACUGCGUGUACACAUUCGAAAGUGAUGUCUGGUCCUAUGGGAUUUUUCUGUGGGAGCUGUUUUCUUUAGGAAGCAGCCCUUACCCUGGAAUGCCGGUGGAUUCUAAGUUCUACAAGAUGAUCAAGGAAGGCUUCCGAAUGCUCAGCCCCGAGCACGCACCUGCUGAAAUGUAUGACAUAAUGAAGACUUGCUGGGACGCUGAUCCUCUAAAAAGGCCAACAUUCAAGCAGAUUGUUCAGCUAAUUGAGAAGCAGAUUUCGGAUAGCACCAAUCACAUUUACUCCAACUUAGCAAACUGCAGCCCCAACCCAGAGAACCCGGUGGUGGCCCAUUCUGUGCGGAUCAAUUCUGUCGGCAGCACCGCCUCCUCCUCCCAGCCACUGCUCGUGCAGGAAGACGUCUGAGCAGAGCGAGUGUCCGGGGCCCCCCCGCACAGGAAUGACCCUCCAUUCUUUUGGCUUCCACGAUGGUUCUUUUGUUUUCCUUCGACUUGCAUCCUACUCCAGGGUAGUGGGCAGCCCGCUGUAAUCCUGUCUUUCUAAGCACACUUUAGUGGCCGAUGGUUUUUGUCGUCAGCCACCAUCCCCUUGCAAAGGUUCGAACUGUAUAUACUCCCAAUAGCAAAGUAGCUCCUACUGUAAACAGAAAAAAAAAAUUCUGUUUUGGAGAAAAGAGAGGGAGGGUUGGGCUAGAUGUCCGGAGUUCUUUCCAAGGGUUUUCCAAUUUCUGUUCAAAGAGUAUGGUUGAUAGUUUAGGUGAAUAAGUGGUAGUAGUCACAUUUGGCCUUCAGAACCACCCAUGAUGAUAUGAUGGUGCAGCAAGAUUGGAAGCUAAAACCUAAACCCUUUAUAUGGAAAACAGAACAUGAUUAGA